UCUAUCCAAUCACAGAGUCCUGUCCGUCUUGCUCUGUAGUUUCGCAAGACAGAGAAAUUAUGGCUGCCGUACGGAGCAGCAAACUUCUAGGCAAGUGUGUUGCAUCUCCAACCGGGAAACACUCCGCGUCGGUCAUCUUCUUACACGGCUCAGGAGACACUGGACGGGGAGUGCGAGCAUGGGUCAAAGAGGUUUCGGUACCAGACCUGGCUUUCCCCCACAUCAGAGUGGUAUAUCCCACAGCUCCAGCCAGGCCCUACACACCCAUGCGGGGGGCUCUGUCCAAUGUGUGGUUUGACCGCUACAAGAUCUCACACGACUGCCUGGAGCACUUGGAGUCUAUAGACGCCAUGGCAAACUCCUUGGGAGCAGUUAUACAGGAGGAGAUCAGGGCAGGAGUACCAAAACACAGGAUGAUCAUAGGGGGUUUCUCUAUGGGCGGAGCUAUGGCCCUCCACCUGGCGUGCCGUUAUCACCCUGACGUAGCAGGAGUCUUUGCUCUGUCCAGCUUUCUCAACAAAUACUCUGUAGUAUAUCAGGCUGUGGAGGAGCGGGCAAGGGCGGGGAGCCCCCUCCCAGAGCUAUUCCAGGGCCAUGGGACAGGAGACGAGUUGGUGUUCCAUAAGUGGGGAGAAGAAACUACGGCCCUGCUGAAGAAGGCUGGGAUGACAACCACCUUCCACUCGUUCCCAGGCCUCCAGCACCAGCUCUCCCGGCCAGAGAUUGAGCUACUGCGCUCCUGGAUCCUCACCAAGUUGCGCCCGGACAGUCUAGACGCCAGUGGGCAGUGACCAGUCAGCCCCACACCACUAGACAGACACAUUAACAACACGCUAUUAGCAUGUUAAUAACACGUUCACACUAUUGAGCUGCUUUAAAAUGAGCCAAACCAAACAGUACUGCGCUGGCCUGGUAAAACACUGCCCAUAGUUUCUGGAACAAAGCUGGAAAAGCGAGCCAGCACGGUCAGGUCGGUACUAUAGUGUGAAAAGGAUAUUAACAUGCUGAGUGGGCUGUGGACCACCUCACAACCUCUGGACACAAUACCGCUUUAAAAAAAAUGUGUCAAUAAAUGUUUGUUUUUUUGCUUGGA